AUGAAGAAAAAUUUAAGCGUCGAUCAGGCACUAUCGAUCCUAACACCCGAUCAAUUAAAAGUUUUGGGUAUGCAGAUUCUGAAACACCAAACAUCGACUUUCCCAAGCAAAUUAACUUCGUCUCAUGCCGCUUUGCCCAUACCAAGCAGUGUUGCUGGUUGUUCAACGAAGCAACAGUCUCAAAGAUCAUCCGUGCCCAGCACGUCCAAAUCGAUUGUCGAUCAGUCGAAGAAAAAAAUGAGCGUUCCAGCAAGCUUAAUUAAUUCGAUGUCGAUGAAUUUACAAAGCGCAUCGCAAUUAUUUAGGGAACCAGCAAACAAAGUUUCGUCACCCCAAGAUGACAAAUCGGCCAAAGAUUUGUUGAAAGGUAGACCGAAUAUUUCGAUCACUCCUGUCAGUUUGUCGCCCACUCCGAAUUUUAUGAAGAAAACAUCGACUAGCCCAUCGAGCGGGAAAACAUUACAGAGAAAGUUGGUGAGUAAGAAAAAAGUGCAACAAAACAAUCAAUUGAAAUCGACGCUGAAAUCUCUGAACGAUUCUGGAGUAUUGAUUAAUCAGAUAUCUGCUAAUUCAACAAGCAAAGGCAAAACCUUUUUAAGCACCAACAAGAAACAAAUUGAUCCAGUCGUGUUAAUGCCAAUAAACAAAAAAGCUAACUCAUCCAUUAGAGUCAUUAGACACAACCAGAAAAACCCACAUAUUUCGAAGAAACCAGCCACGCAAAUAAGCUCUUCAAAAAUCUCGUCGGAGACACAAAAAAAAUCGGUGGCUCCUCCUGAAAUCAAAUUGACUGCUCAGAAAGCUGAAGCAACGCCAUCAAGUACUAGCAGAACAAACGAAGUGGUUAGAAUUCAAACUAAUCCUGAUGAAAUUACAUUGACUAAAAAUCUAGAACCUCUAUUGAGAGGCGAGAUCUCCAUCGAAGUCAUUCCGAAGACGAAAAGUAAUACCAAAUUGGAAUCUAUCGCAGACGACGAUGUUAUAUGUAUCGAUUAG